ACGGUAUAUUCUUCAGUCUAUCCUUAAAACACGCAUUUAGAUCACAUGUUUUGGUGACAGUGGUAAUUUAACCCAACAGGCUGUGCGCGUACACCUGUUCAGGACGUUUGCAUCGGCGGACUUUAAAAAUUUAGUUUUUGUUUUAGAUUUAGGCUACUAAAGCAAACAAUGUCAUUUAUAUUUUCUGUAAAUCACAUAUUCUUGUUUUAUUUGAAGUUUGAACAAAUUAUUCAGAAGUGGAAAGAAUGUUGGGGAAGUUCAAAUGUGUUUUUUUCAUAUCGACCUACCUGGAUAAACCGGUCAGCUGAUUUGCUUUGACAUCGGGGUGUCGGACUAUUCAAUUUUGCGACAUAAGUGGCUAUUUAUUUGCAAUUCUUCCCAUAAGACCUGCACCCCUGAGUCUUCUCUUUACUGUUGUACAUAAAACUGGUGUUGAGCGGGUAGAAUUCAAUGAAGCUGUCAGCUGAGGACAUAUGCAAUUCCUGUUGCUGUUCAGUCGCCAGGGGAAGUUACGUCUGCAGAAGUGGUUCCAGCCCCUCCCCGAGAGAGAGAGGAAGAAGAUUGUGAAGGACAUGACCACUAUGGUGUUGGCACGAAAACCCCGCAUGUGUAACUUCCUGCACUGGAGGGAUCUGAAGAUUGUGUAUAAGAGGUAUGCCAGUCUGUAUUUCUGCUGUGGUUUGGAAAACCAGGACAAUGAACUUCUUGCUUUAGAGAUUCUGCACCGCUAUGUGGAGCUACUCGACAAAUACUUUGGCAACGUAUGUGAGCUAGACAUCAUCUUUAACUUUGAGAAGGCAUAUUUCAUCCUGGAUGAGUUUCUGAUGGGUGGUGAGAUCCAGGAGACGUCCAAACAGUCUAUUGCGAAGUCUAUAGAGGCAUCAGAUAUGCUGCAAGAGACAAUGGAAGAAUACAUGAGCAAGCCAGCCUUCUAACAACAGCAGACGUGAUGCAAGGUGACAACAGGGAAAGAAUUCUGCCUCCACAGUGUAGGUUGUGUCCCUCGUUCAGGAAACGCUUUUUCAUUGCAAGAAGCUACUGUUCAGACUUUAUCCAUGAAGGCUACAUAAGAACUUUUUUUUUUUUUCAAUGCUGAUUUAAACAUCUUUCACAGCCCAUUCAAUUUUAAUAUAACUGAAUCAGGGUUGUAAAGGAAUUUUUGAAUUAUAUUAUUUGAAAUAAAUGUAAUGCUGAAUUUCAAUAAUGAUAACUCAAGCAUACAUGUAGAUUUAACUGAUAAAAUUUAAGGGAAAGUUCACCCAAAAAUGAAAAUUCGGUCAUCGUUUUCCUACCCACAUGUUGUUCCAAACCUGCAUGACUAUGUUAGCCUCAGUUUCAUUGUAUGGAAAAAAGAUGCAGUGAAAAUGAAUUGUAACUAACCAUUCUGACUAAUGGGGGGGGGGGCGGGCUGUUGUUUUUGAUCAUAUCAGUUUGGGACAACAUGAGGAUGAGUAAAUGAUGACAGAAUGUAAUAUUUAGGGGAACUAUCCCUUUACAUUUCUAAACCAAAAUCAUUUAAUACAAUGAUCUGUUUGCAGUAACAUUGAAUCCGUUUAUUUGAAAUGCCUUUUCAUGUUAUUGAACAUGUUGCAUGUCUCAGGAGACUGAAGAAGAGAAAAUAAUAUGUAUCUUUUUGAAGGAAUAUUAACAAUGCUUUGUGAGCACACUUUGUUGAUAUUGUCUUUAUUAAAAAAUAGUUUUGAUAUGA